GGCUGGUCAGGGCAUUCGAGCGACAUCAUCGCAUCACUCGACAGCUUGGUGCAGCUGUCCAGAGCUUCAAUUACCCACCACACACGAUGGAUUACAGCGCCCACGACCCGGACCACCCCGGCGGCCGCGACCCAUGGGCAUCGUCGCCCCAGGCCAACCGAACGUCCUUUGGCCAGCCGCCAACCAACGAUAUCCCCUCAUCCCCGCUGCCUCCGCAGGCUUCCCCGUACCAUGAAGGAGGUGAGCAGUAUGGCUACAUGGGCGACCAAGAUGCGCAAAGUCGGCCAGGCACGGCGCCAGAGAACGGCGACCAUGUGCAGCAACCACAGAUGCCGGGUCAGGAUGCGCCAAGGUCACCCAAUGCGCAGCAGGGCCAGCAACAGCCGCAGCGAUAUCACGGCAACAGGCCGCAGCGACAACAGCAACACUACAAGCUCCAGGCCAAGGUCACGGGACUCGAGCGGAAUAGCAAGAAGGACCCGAUACUGCGAUUCGAUGUCUACACGAACCUCCCCAAGUUCCGAACCACCCAAUUCCGCGAUGUCCGACGUCUACACUCCGAGUUUGUGAAGCUGGGCGAGCAUCUCAUCUCAGCAUGCCCCGAAGCUAUUGUGCCUGCAGUACCGCCAGCGACCACCUCGGCAGGCGCAGGCACUGACGAAGACGAGGCACGCCUGAAGACGUCUCUACAACGGUGGCUGAACAUUGUGUGCAGCAAUGACAUCCUGAUACGCGACGAAGAGAUGGUCUUCUUUGUGGAGAGCGAUUUUGGAUACAGCCCUGUGGUACGGAGGAAGCAGCCUGCGACUGGCGUGCGCCGCAAGAUGAUCAAGCAGUUCGCGCCGCCGCCAGACGAUACUCCAGAACUUGCUGCCGCGCGACCAGUCGUCAAGGCUUUCUACCUCGGUACAAUGGAAGCGGAGCAGAAGCUAGAGAAGGUCGUGAAGCACAGGAGAAAUCUGGGAGUCGCAGAAUCCGAUCUCGGUGCCAAGUUCGCAGCGCUGCAUGUCCAAGAAACACACGUCGGUCUUUCACACGCAUACAAAAAGCUGGGGAAGGUCAUCCAGGCCACUGGCGACUUCCACGCAGCGCAGGGUACUGCCGAAGCUACGACUCUCGGCGACCCUCUCCAAUACCACAGCAGCGACGCUUUUAUUGCGAAAGAAACACUCACGAACCGACACAUCCUCCUUCGCGAGCUCCUACAAGCUCAGUCCGCGACAAAGUCCAAGCUGUCCGCAGCCGAUAGGCUCAAGGCCAGCUCGAGCGUAAAACGGGACAAGGUCGAUGAGGCUAUUGCAGCUUUAGAUGAAGCGAGAAGCCACGAACAAUACCUCACGACCAAAGCCCAGCGCGUCACAGCCAACCUCCUACAAGAGCAACGCAAAUGGUUCAACAGGACCACACAAGACAUGAGGCAGGCGAUCCGCGAAUACGUCGUGCGAGAAAUCGAAGCAGAGCGCCGUACACUUGCGACACUAGAGUCAGUACGACCAGACAUCCGAGCUAUCGACGGCAGUGGCGGCCUUUCUCGGCUGGGUCGCGAAGCACAUCCCACUCAGCGCCGUACUCCCAUGGCUAGUUCACAAGGACCCAAGGGUGAUGCAUGGUCCGGUGUGCCCCGGCGCCCAGGUGACGGCCUCAAUCGUAGCAUGAGCGGCAGUAUCGUGGCGCCCUUACCCGAGGCCGACGAGAAUGAGGAAGAGUCUGUGAAUGGUAGGAAACGUGCGACAAGCAAGGCAGGUAGCCAAAAGGGUAUCGAAGAGGAUGAUGAUCGCAUUGACGCAAAGAAUGCGGCGAGCAGACUGGCUACUACGACGUUCUAGGGACAUGCUCGUCUGUGGUAGUUUGAACGGUAUUGGACAGGCCUGGUGGAUCGUAUACUUGGCACGAAGAGCAAUACCAGGGCUUGUGUUGCAGUCUAUACAAGCUUACCUCUAAUCGUUUUCCAGCGUUAUCUGGUAUCUGCUACCUCGUCUGCGGACACGACGGCAGAUGUCGCGUCUGUCGCGAAAGAUGCUUUGAGAUGGCGUCGAGUUAGCGAUAGUAAACGAUCAUUUUUCCAUCUCCG